UGUCGAGUGAGAAACGCCAGAUGUCGAGCGGCUCGCGAUGCUUCUGAACGAAAGUCAGGUGAACGGCUCCACCGCUGGAGAGCACGCGCUCCACAGAGCGCCGUGGAUCACCAUGUCGCUCGGCUGCUUCCUGAUCUUCACCAUCGUGGUGGAUAUUUUGGGUAACCUGCUGGUGAUUUUCUCCGUCUACCGGAACAAGAAACUUCGGAACGCCGGUAACAUCUUCGUGGUGAGUCUGGCUGUCGCCGACCUGGUGGUUGCUCUGUACCCGUACCCCCUGGUGCUGACGGCCAUCUUCGGGCACGGUUGGCGCGUGGGCGCAGCGCAGUGCCAGAUCAGCGGCUUCCUGAUGGGCGUCAGCGUAGUCGGGUCGAUUUUCAACAUCGCAGGCAUUGCUGUGAACCGCUACUGCUACAUCUGCCACAGCCUGCGCUACGAGCGGCUGUUCAGCGAGCGCAACUCGGCGUGCUACGUGGCGCUGAUCUGGACGCUGAGCGUGCUGGCUGUGGUGCCCAACGUGUUCGUCGGGUCGCUCCGCUACGACGAUCGGGUCUACUCGUGCACGUUCGCGCAGUCGGCCAGCGCCGCAUACACCCUCGCCGUCGUCUCCUUCCACUUCCUGCUGCCCAUACUAGUGGUGGCCUACUGUUACCUGCGCAUAUGGGUGUUGGUAAUCCGGGCGCGGAGGCGAGCGCGGCCUGAGACCCGACCGGGUGGCGUGAUGCCGCAGGACGUGCGCAACUUCGUGACUAUGUUCGCCGUCUUUGUGCUUUUCGCCGUAUGCUGGGCGCCACUUAACGCCAUUGGCCUAGCUGUGGCUGUAGCGCCCGAGCGAGCUGUCCCCGAGUGGCUCUUUGUAGCCAGCUACUUUCUGGCGUACUUCAACAGCUGCCUGAACGCCAUCGUCUACGGUGCGCUCAACCAGAACUUCCGCCGUGAAUACAAGCGCAUCAUCUUGUCUCUCUGCACAACGUCCGUGUUCUUUCCGGAAAACUCGAACGAUGCGCAGGAGAGGCUCCGGAACAAACCGUCGCCGCCCUUCACCAACAACAACCAGGACAAAGUGGACUCAGUGUGA